CCCCGGAAGAAAGAAAGAAGCCCUCCUCUCUCCAUCGGUACAACAAGAUCGAGAUGCUGCCUCCAACGGCAAAGGAUAUAAGCUUCGGAUCAGCAUUCGCUAAUGGUGGCACUGCUAAUGGUGGCACUGCUACUGGUGGCAAUGGUUCCGGUUCUCAGGCUGCGUCAAGCGGCAAGCCGCAGCAGGAGCUGCCAGCGCUGACACAUCAGUAUGCGGAACAAUACGUGUAUGCAUACCCAGCAGCACCGGCAUACGGCGGCCCUCCAAAGCCCCCGCCGGCGUAUCGCUAUGGCUAUGGCUAUGGUGGAGGUGGUUCUGGUGGGUACGGCUACCCCGAGCCCGAUGGUAUUUGGGAUGAACCUGCUCGGGCAUACGGCGGCGGCAGAUACCGCCCACCACAGCUGCCGUAUUAUCACGGCGGCGGUCGUGGUGGGUAUGGUGGAGCUGGUGCUGGUGGCUAUAGCUACCACGGCGGUGGCGGCUGUGGCUAUCCUCCGACUGCAGGAGGAGGAGGCGGCGGCGGUCAUGGGGUCAGCAACGAAUACGGAGGGCCGCCGCAGCAGAAGCCGCACAUGAGUGCGGGGUGGCUAGCCGCCGGAGCUGCUACCGCCUAUGGAGCGUACCAGCACCACAUGCGCAAACACCACGGAGGAGGAGGGCACGGGUACAGGCAUGGGCACGGAGGAUACGACGACGGCUCUACUUGUGGCGGCGACGGUUACGGUUAUGGCUGCCGUGGUUGUGCCCCCCAUAUGCAUAUGCGAGGCGAGUUCGAGCACCAAGAGCACACCAAUAUCAAAUACUCUGUUCAUCCCGACGGUAAGUGCAAUGAUGCCGCCAGCGGCCCGCCCGUUACAGUGUUGCACAAAUGAGCCAGCCAGCCAACAAGCGGGGUUUAAUAUGGACGAACUCCAAGCUCAUCACUGUACGGUAUGUACACUACUCGAUGAGCCUCGAUCAUCAUACCAGAUGAAUGCCUUAUAUUGAAUAACUCACCCGUCAUGUACGUCCUAAACAUUACAGAUAUGUAUCUUGUGUUAGGGAAUAAAACUAUAUGUACGUACUUAUAUGUAAUGUAAGCCAGGAGGCUGCCAAACGGCGCUCUAGCGGUUUGUGUACGAGCGCUACUGUGGCCGAGCGAGCCAUCACAUGGUUUGUCAUGCUAAUAAGCAGAUGGAACUGAAUGACGACCUUAUAUUGAUUGA